AUGGCCCCUGCGUGCAAGACCUGCACAAAGACCUCCCAUGCCACUCAACAGUGCCCGGACCGCCACGCGUCGAAUUCGCAGGGUGUCCCGAAGUCACGUGCUUCGCCCGCCGCCACUCCCGCCGCCGCCACCGGAUCCAAGUCGGUUCCCGCGGCCCACGCCUCGGACCGCAGGACCAAAAAACGUCGAGUCGAACAGGAUCUGGCUGUCCAGCCUGCACCUUCGUCGAACAACGACGCUCGUCCCGAGCUCUCAUUCAACUUCCCUCCCCUCAUUUCCACCCAAGCUGCCCCCCACCUCCCCCCCAACCAGGGAACAGACUUUUCCCAAGUUGAAAAAUCGUCUGAGCCUCCCAGCCCAACGCCGCCCUCUUCCGCCCCGAUGCCUCCCCCGGUCACGCCAAAGACAAUCAUGACUCGAUCCAAGUCGAUUGCAUCUCCUGCGCCCACCUCAGGUACCCCUCUUGCUGCCCUCCAAGCCACCGAGCCCUCCUCGAAGCCCUCCUCGCCCACGCCGAUGCCCUCAGCCGCGCCCAAAACCUUGACCCGAAGACGCCGACGCCGACGACGAUGCCGACGAAGAAGCCGAAGACCAAGGAGCACCUCCCAAGGACGCGGAAGACGCUAUGGACCAAGAUGAUGAGCGCAACUAAGAUCCCAAACGUGUCUUUUGUUGCUGCCAACGUGCAGUCAAUCAAUGAAGACUGUAAGCGUGCCUCUCUUUUCUCCAAUCUCCGAUCCCACAACGCCGAAGUCUUUCUCCUGAGCGAAACUGGCCGACCUUCCCCGGAAAGGGUGGCCCAGUGGACGCAGGAGUGCCAAGACUUGAAGUUCUCCGCUGUUUUCACUCCUUUCAACAAUACUGCCAUACUCUGGAAGAGCGACUCCGUGGUCAUUACUAUUGAUCCCGAGUCGCCUCCCAACACUCUUCGUACCUCUUUCUCGUUCCCGGACCGAGUCACCGACGCCACCUUUCGUGCGGGUGAUUCAAAAGUCCGGGUUGUGUCAAUAUACGCGCCCUCCUCCGACAAGCCAGACAAAAAACGCUUCCUCUCACACCUCAGCAACGCCCUCCGACACGCGGUGCGUGACGACCCUUCGGGGCCGCCUGCGCUCCUUGUCGGGUGCGACUGA